UACGCCAUCGUAUCUAUUACUGAAUAGCGUCUACAACGAAAGGGGCGACAAGUGCUACGGUCGAACUAUUUACUUGAAUCUGUGUGCGAGUCGAUCCAGUGUGUGGGUCAAAGCGAAGGGGCAAAAAAGAAGUCACCCGAGGAAUCGCUGCCACCACAUGACUCACGAGCAGUCAUCUUUGUAUCAGUUCUUGCAAAUGGAGCACAGUCACAAGAAUACCGACUGUUAUUUUUUCUAUUAUUCUACGUGCAAAAAGGGUGAUAAUUGUCCAUUCAGACAUGAACCGUCUGCCUUGGGUUGCGAAACAAUGUGCAUAUAUUGGCAGCAGGGUAAAUGUCUCGAUGAACAUUGUAACUUUAGACAUAUGGAAUUAAAGAAAAAUCGUAAAUCAAUUCCAUGUUAUUGGGAAACACAACCUGGAGGUUGUAGAAAACCACAUUGUUCGUUUAUGCAUAAGAGUGCUCGUGCAAUUAGUAGCGAUCCUAUCAAUCCAGUGAAAAAUUCUGAUUUAACAUCAAAGUCGCUAAAUCAAGAAUGGUUAAAUCGUCAAGAUGAUACGAAAUAUGAUGGUAAUAGUACAGAGUCAGAUCAAGGUAGAGGAAGUAGCGAAGCGGGCAGUUUUAUCGGCAGUCCAGCUGUUGAUCCUCUUAUCGUCAAAUUUGAAGAAGAGUCAGACAAUGAAAGCGUACCGUCGCCUGUCAAGCCGCAGCCGAGGGUGCCAUACUGUAAGACCUACGAAGAGAUCAGAUUGGAGGAGAUCCAGGCUGAGAGCGCAGCGUAUUACUCGUACCAGGCGGAAGACUAUCAGAUCGACGCGGGAGGUGACAAGAUCAAGAUUCGUCGCGCGAAAAAGAUCUGUCCUUAUCCUCAGCUAGGUAAAGAGAAGAACGGCGAGAAAGGGUUGGACUUCGAGGUGCUCAGCUUGGAAGAGAUUCGGCGCAGGAAGAGGCGCAAAGCUGUUCAGGAGAAAGAGCCCAAGUCCAUGGUCGACGCAGCAUCCGAUAGCAAAGGGGAAUCGACGGCGGACUUGCUGAAGGACGCCAUGAAGACGCUGACCGAGCUCAGGAGGAUGACCGACGUCAGGGGUGUUAAGAGGUCUCUGGAGGACUGCCACGAGGACACGAAGAGAUGUAAAAUUAAGUGCAACGAUACCGGAACCUCUGGAACUUCCAACGUGCCACCUGUUAAGCUCAGGAGGAGCCUAACGGAAUCCUCGCCUAUGAGACUAGGCUCCGUCGAUGUCGAAGUCAGGGAAUGGCGAGACGUGGACGAAUUUGGCACUACGAGUCACAAGAUGAUGGCAGAAGAAGAAACGAGCGAUAGGGGUUCGGGGAAUCCAAUAUUGGACAGGCUGAACAGCUCCGAGUCGACGGAGAGCUCCAACUUGGCCAGGAGGAACGAAGUGGAGAUCAGACUGUGCGACAGUAGCACCGACGAGGAUCAGAACCUGUUGGAGAAAAACGAGGAGAAGCAAUUGGCGGUUAAACGCAACACGGAGGAAUCCAAGGAGACGAUCGCUUCCUGCGACAGCCUGUUGAACGUAAACGAGGACGACUACCUGACGCUGGACAUGGCGUCCGACGACAUCCUCAAGGACAUCGACGCUUUACUAAAAGAGAAAAACUCGGUUUGAAAGAGGAAACCGCCGAGGACCAAGGGACGCAUACUUACUGUAAAAUCGAUAGGAAGAGCGUUUAUUCGCUUCGGUUUAAUCGUUUCUCUUGCUAUCUUCUACGUUUCGAUGUUCGACCUCCGUUUCACGCUGUCGAGGGACAGUUCGCAGGAUUUCGCGUUGAGGAUUCUUUUCUCGGAACGAGACGAAUGGUGGAGAAGUCGAUGGCCUUUGGUCGAAGGAAGAGUUUUAGGUAGAGGGAACAACCGCGUUGUUUCCCUUCGGAAUAUCGAAUUCUCCAAGGACGAAUGCAUUUCUUCUUUUCUUGUUUUUCUGAUUUUUCCCAAGAUCAGUCUCGAGCUUUGCAUAUCAAACGUGAAAUUCCUUGCACAGUCGCGCAUAUUCUAUGCAUAAUACGUACAGGAGGUCCUGGUUAUUUUAAUCAUUCAAUCAACCCAGUGGAAAAUCGCAUUGUCCACAAACUUUCCUCUAGAAAACAGAGUAAUCAUUAGACAGUGGAUCUUUAUGCAUUUGUAGGAAAUUUAAAUGUGCAUGAAAUUACAGGAUGCACACAAUAUGCAAAAGUAUACGUAGAAUAAAUUCCUAUUUAGGUUGAAUUUUUGUAGGUACAUUUGUAAAUAUUUUAUUUUGCAUAAUAGAUCCGCAGUCUAGUAAUCGUCAUUUCAAAUAUUUGCAUGAUCGUUCGGGAAGUAAUCGCGUGGAAACAUCAAAUUGAGACAUUCUGUAUAUGAUACAUAUACGUACGUAUAUAAUAUAUAUAAAGGUACUUUAUCUUGGAAUAUCUGCAACUGCUAACGAAUUCAAAUGUCGGUACUGUUGCAGACGGUGAUAGUUCUUCACGGUCCAAUUUUCUUUCUUGUGAUUUGUUAAAUAGAAUUCUUCCGAUAGAAGUUUGACUUUAUUUUUACGCGAACUGCGACGUAUUUUAAUUUGAUAAAUAAAACAAAAGUAUUCGACGAGAUAUCGAACGGGCCAUUUUAUAAAUAAAGAAAAUUCAGUAGAAAAUAACGAUCGAAUGAGAAUUUGGGCCGUCAAGGGAAAACUACACCGCGAACACUUUCUGUUAUGUUUUUGUCGCUUCGUUAAUAUUCCCUCUCGUUUUAAUACCUAUACGGUCUUCUCUUCAAUUAGAAGGUGGCGAGUGGUCACGAGUAGCGUCACGCUACGCGCUCGUUUAGCGUAAGUUUAGAAGUGUUAGUAUGUAAUUUAAUUUAUUUUAGUCACUGUUUUUAUAUUUGCGAUCUUUAACAAUAAUCGUGACGAAUUCGUGCGUGUACCUCUUUAAAUUCGAAUACUCGGCACAUGGUGUGAAAUAACGGACGUAUUUCGACGCACCGCAAUUUUCUCAAAUAAGCUGCGUUGUUCGUUGCACAUUACUCGUAGGCAGGUAAAUAAAUUUCAGGUUGAACAUGGUUGCUGCGUUGGAACAAUCGUUCGAUUUGCACUUCACCGCAAAUAAGAGCUAGAGAAGAUCGGGAAGAUCGUGACUGGAUCCACAGAGAUCCAGCCAGAUGAGCUUCAGGAGCUGUUAAACGAAUUUUUGUAUCGUUCGACGUAAUGGACAUUUGUUCUUAUUCUAGCAUCACCGACCUUCCUUUCCAAACGAAAGCGAGGCGCAAAUUCAAGUACCUUCUGAAGAAACUGUAUAGAGAAAAUUAUUAAGUCGGAACAAAUAUACGAUUGUUACAUUUGCAAACUA